AUGGCUUUGCCCCUGCCAACACACCAGUUUACUAUUCCAUCGCUAUACGAUAAUAUUCUACUUCAAUGUAGGAUAUAUCAUCCAGAUCAUUCGCAGCCCAGGGAUAGAGAGUUUGCAUGGAUUCAAAAAGGUGCCAUAAUAGCUCAUCCGUAUGCCCCUCUAGGAGGUUGCUACGAUGACCCAGUUGUGGCAACUGUCGCGAGCGAACUAUUGAGAGCAGGAUAUGUUGUAGGGACCUUCAAUUUACGAGGCGCUAGUGGAUCGCAAGGCCGAACAAGCUGGACAGCAAGACCAGAGCUUGGUGACUUUAUCUCAUUCUAUGCGUUUCUUGUGUUCUACAUUUUAGGCCUGAAACCAUUAUCGAAACCCACCUGUGUUCCAGCUGCGGAGAGUAACUCAUCUGUGGAUAAAACGAACCCCCCUUCUAUCAUAGUAUCGGGGUAUUCAUACGGGUCAAUGCUAGCGAGCUAUUUACCAACCUUGAGAAGUAUCCAAUUAGUCUUUGCGGAAUCCAGAGAAAACGACACGCCCGCAAGAAUUAUGCAAAGGGCCUGGAGCCUGUCCUCAAAGUGGAAUAAGGAAUGCUGGGUACAAAAUGGCAUCAUCAGCGAGCCAGAAUCCCCAGAUCCUUGCACUAGGAUUGCUAGAAUGGAGAAAAUCAACAUAUCGUAUCUUCUUAUUACCCCUAUUUUACCUCCAAUCUCCUUCUUUACAGCUACUAGCCUUUUUACGCCGACCUCUAGACUCACAACAACGAUUAAUGGAAAAUAUCUCCAAAGUUCAGACCUCCGAGAUAAGGUCUUAGAACACGAGACUUUAGCUAUCUUCGGAAACAAGGAUGGUUUUACAUCAUCCAAGAAACUGAUAAGCUGGUGUGAAGAACUGACGAAAAAAGAAGGCUCGCGAUUCAAUAGCGUCAUGGUCAGAGGAGCAGGCCAUUUCUGGCACGAAGACGGGUCCAAGUCUCAGAUGAAAAAGGCAAUUCGGGAAUGGGUUGCGAAGAACCAUGUUUAUUAUUCAGGAAUGCAAGAAUUAAGUCAGUGUUGA